AGUACAUUGAGCAGCGAGGCGUCUGGAGUCAAUACUUCAAAGCUGUACCACGACUGAGAAAAAUAAACAUACAAGAGAGAAAAUUUUAUUUUCAGUGAUUUUCACUUCAGCUUCAUAAAUUCGCGGUAUCCUACUGAUGUGUGUCUGUUACCUUUCUUUUCAUUCUAUUCGUUAUCUGCGCCUGCCUAAUGAGAGGGAGUUUGUCGUGCUCGAGGAACUAACUGGAACCAAAAUGCCGAUCGACUUUUAUUAUGAGGACAAGAGUCCUUCAUGUCGUGCUGUAUACUUAACGAUCUCUGCGCUCGGAAUUCCAGUGAACUUCAAAGAAACCCUCAUUCCAAAUGGUGACACUUUGAAGCCCGAAUUUUUGAAGAUGAACCCUCAGCACAUGAUUCCAACAAUCGACGACGAUGGUUUCCACUUAUGGGAAAGCCGUGCUAUUAUGAUGUACCUAGUGGACCAGUACGGCAAGAAUGACUCAUUAUACCCGAAGGAUCUCAAGAAACGCACUCUCGUUAAUCAAAGACUGUUCUUCGAUGCUUGCACCUUGUCCAGAGCCGUUGCAGACUGUUACUUUUCCAUGUUAAUACAUAAUGCACCAUUUGAUCCAGCGAAACACGAGCUCAUCGGAACGGCCCUAUCCUUCCUCGAAAUAUUCCUCGAGGGAAAAGAGUUUACUGCGGGAAAGAAUAUGACAAUCGCUGAUUUAUCUCUUAUGACCAGCGUUACCACCCUAGAGGCCGUGGCGUACGACCAGUUUAGCAAAUUUCCGAAUAUUACCAGAUGGAUGGCGAAGAUGAAGAAAACGGCACCAAACUACGAAAAAGCAAAUCAAGUCGGCCUGGAGAAAAUCAAUGUAAUAUGGAAGGCAAUGAUACCGCAAAAAUUUGUCAUUCCGAUAAUGACGGUGGAUUUAUAUUACACACCACUGAGCCCACCUUGCCAAGCAGUUCUUUUAACUGCGGAAGCGAUUGGUUUCCCUUUAAACCUGAAGGAAAUCGAUUUGAUGGCCGGCGAGCAUCUGAAGCCAGAAUAUGAACAGUUGAAUCCGCAGAAAACAGUUCCCUUUCUUGUGGAUGGCGACUUAAAACUUACCGAGAGCCGGGCCAUUAUGUCGUAUUUGGUGGAUGAGUAUGGCAAAUCCCCCAGGUUGAAUCCACAAACACCGAAUGCUCGGGCUUUGGUCAAUCAUCGAUUGCAUUUCGACAUAGGCACUCUAUACCAAAAAAUACUGAACUAUUAUGGCCCAGUUGCAUUUGGCUUGGCAGAAGAAUAUGAUCCAGUACGGUACACAGAAUUACAAGCUGCAUUUGAAAUUCUAAAUCAUUUCCUUGAAGGACAAGAUUACGUCGCAGGACGUUACAUGACCAUUGCCGAUCUAGCAAUAACUUGUUCGGUGUGCACUGCAGAGGUUUUUGGUUUCGAAAUGGAGGACUAUCCAAAUGUUGUUAGAUGGAUGGAAAAAAUAAGAAAAUCUGCUCCUGGAUAUCGCAAGGCUGUCGAAACACUGGCGUUAAAGAAGAAAAGCCUCGAAGAAUUAAAACAACCAAAAUAAUUACGAUCUUAUUAAUAUUUCAGGCAGCGUGAUUAAUCCAAAUAAAUUGCAAAAUAUAAAAAUAAAAA